UUUCCAACCUCGAGUGAUCUUUGCUCUUCUUUCGAAUAUGUCGUUCAUUGUCAAUGCGUUCUCCCAAUCAUCUCGGGCAGGCGCUGCGUGGUUCAAUGCUGGUUCAGAGGAUACAUAUCCCGAUCUAGGCGAUACAGCUCGUAUUGGGGAUCAACGACAAUGCCAGGGCGUCUAUGUGCCGGGGUGCCGAGUUUAUCACGUGCCUCGUGAGGAUGGCGCGAGAGCAUCCGAGAUAGCAAUUGACGAUUGGCGUGACGCCGAUGCUGGCGAUUCCAAGGACCAAGUCAUGGUUUUCAAGUACAAAGGCAGAAUGAUUGCUGUGAAUCAUGAAUGCCCACACUCUUCAUAUCCAUUAUCAAACGGAACGCCAUUCGAUAUCGAAGAUUUCGGGGUUACAUUGAGCUCCGGAAUCAUGUGUCCAAAGCACGACUGGUCAUUUGAUCUACAUACGGGUAGAUCUGAUCGUGGCAGUUACAAGCUUCAGGUGUGGGAAGUCCAGUUGCGACCGAGUAGCGCUGCGAACGAGAACAAAGAUGUCUGGGUGAGAAGGAAGCAGAGAAUAGGAUAG